AGCAUGCUACGGGGCUUUGCAAAUCUUAUGAAGACAAACACUCUGCACUUCAAGACAAAUUAAAAGAAACCAGCCUGAGAUUAAGAAGACUGGACUCAGUUUCCUGGCGUGUGGAUUACACUCUGAGCUCUAGUGAACUCGGAGAGGUGAAUGAACCCCUGAUCCAUCUUAAACUUCAGACCCAUGAAUCAGAACCAGGCUCCUCUGACACUACAGUGGUCUCAGUUUCACAGGAUAAGUUUCGAGUUUUGCUUACUGAGCUUAAACAGGCACAGGCCUUGAUGAACGCACUGCAAUGAAGAACGGAGAACAAACCAUUGACUGGGAGCAAGAAACAAAUGAUUUUGAGGAAAUGUCACAAGUGCCAUAUUUACAUGUUGUACAGUAUUAACUAUGUGCUUGAUUUUGUUCAUAUCCAAUGUUAAAAUAAAGUUAAAUUUCUUACUUGAAUGUUAUUUGUUGUGUUUUCACCUUUAUACUCUGUCUAAUUUAUCCCUUAACUAAUAAUAGCAUUUUUUUUUCAUGAAAUAUAAUUUUUUAAAUAUUUUUUGUUUAAAUCAUGUCAAAAUAUGUUUUGUUUUAAA